CGGCGAACGUAAACAAAAAUCCGUCUCUGGCACAGAUGGCCCUGCUGCGUGCAGCACUGGCAAUGACAACGGCUGCGUACAUUGAGACAGCGAUGACAGCCUCGUUGACGAUGCCGCCACAGCCGCAGGACAAUCUACGCAUAUUCCUGCGGCAUUUGUAUGUCGAGUGCGUUUACCGCUAUCAGAAUGAUACAACGAAGGGCGAGACAACAGACUCCGGCGAUGAGGAGUUGAUGCUGGAGACGUUUACAACGAUGCCGCGCUACUUGGAGCAGGCGGUGCUCAACGAGGGCACGAUUGAUAUGCAGGAUGUGGACGAGCGAGCGGCCAGCGAGAACGAGCUCUAUGCGACGAUACGCUCGAUGACAAUGGCAACAAAUCAACAUUCACAUAAUGCAACCAGUGAAACGGAGACUCUCUAUUGUCCCGUGAAUUUUGAUGGCUAUCUCUGCUGGCCACGCACGCCAGCUGGCACCGUAUUGAGUCAAUACUGUCCGGACUUUGUCGAGGGUUUCAGCAGCAAGUUUUUGGCACACAAAACCUGCUUGGAGAAUGGCACCUGGUAUCGGCAUCCGGUAAGCAAUCAGACCUGGUCCAACUAUACCAACUGUGUGGACUAUGAUGACUUUCAGUUCCGACAGUUCGUGAACGAGCUGUAUGUGAAGGGCUAUGCGCUGUCGCUGUUGGCUCUGCUAAUAUCGAUUGUUAUAUUUCUUGGCUUCAAAUCCUUGCGUUGCACCCGGAUCAGGAUACACGUGCAUCUCUUUGGCUCGCUCGCCUGCACCUGCAUCGCCUGGAUACUCUGGUAUCGCCUGGUUGUCGAGCAAACCGAUCAAAUAGCCGAGAAUCCACCCUGGUGCAUUGCGCUCCAUUUGGUGGUGCACUACUUCAUGCUGGUCAACUACUUCUGGAUGUUCUGCGAGGGUUUGCAUCUGCACUUGGUACUCGUUGUGGUCUUUGUCAAGGACACGAUUGUCAUGCGCUGGUUCAAGCUGCUUAGCUGGCUCUCUCCGUUGGUCUUUGUGCUCCCCUAUGGCGUUGCCAGACAUUUUAGUGUCAACGAUAAUGAACAUUGCUGGAUCAAUGACAGUCUCUACUUGUGGAUCUUCUCGGUGCCCAUCACACUCUCGCUGCUGGCCAGUUUUAUCUUUCUGAUCAAUGUGUUGCGCGUGAUUGUGCGCAAGUUGCAUCCGCAGUCGGCACAGCCAGCACCGCUGGCCAUACGCAAGGCGGUGCGAGCGACGAUUAUUUUGGUGCCGCUGUUUGGGCUGCAGCACUUUCUGCUGCCCUACCGACCCGAUGCAGGCACCCAGCUGGAUCGCUUCUAUCAGCUGCUGUCCGUGGUGCUGGUCAGCCUGCAGGGCUUUGUGGUCUCGUUUCUCUUCUGUUUCGCCAAUCAUGAUGUAACCUUUGCCAUACGCACAAUGCUUAACAAGUGGAUGCCCAGCCUGAUUGCACCGCCACCGGCUGGGAGUAAUACUGGACAAUUGGCCACAACCACGCCCAGUCGUGAACUGGGCGUCUAAUCAAAGACAUCACUUCACCAUCCAGACCUACGAAAUGGCCCAACUGCGUUUCUAAACAAAGUCCAACUCGCGUCCAAUGAGGUCGGAGGUGGACUUGCAUACAAAAUCCAAUUAGAUCCAUGCAUACUUAGCCACCUGAUCGAUGCAUACUUGCCAAGCUUAUUUAAAGGGAUAAAGAGCAUUACCACAGCCACAUCCCACAUCCCACAUCCCACAUAAAUCAAUUUAUACCCAGCGACCCUAUAGAGCUCGCAUUAUUCUGGUAUUUGUAGGCAUAUCAUUAUAGAAAGGUCACAGAUGGUUUCUUUGUAUUCCCAUUGUCUAUCACAAGUCUAUUGUCUAUUAUCUAUAUAAAUGUAGCUGUACCCAAUGUUUACCAAUUAUUAUCGUAGUUAUAGAACUAUUUUUUUGUGUAGAAAACCUCAUCAAGACCUAAGAAACAAAAUGCAUACGUACUCCAUGUACCUAAAUGAGAAAAAUGUUUGU